AUGCGAACAACCAGAGGUUUCAAAUUGAAAAUCAAGCUCCUCAAGAUCUUCAACCUUCCCCCAUCCUCCAAUCUCUUCUCCAACCUCUUCUCCCUCGCCACCGCUUCCUUUUCUCGCCGCCUCGGCUACGGCCGCUUGGAACGCCGUCGCUCCCCUCCGCCUCCACCGCCCAAAGGGUAUCUUUCCGUGCACGUUGGCGGACCCGAGGAUCAAACGGAGAGCCAUCUUGUUCCCGUCAUUUACUUCAACCAUCCCCUGUUUGGGAAAUUGCUGCAGGCGGCCGAGAGGAUUUAUGGGUUUGAUUACCCAGGUCGGAUCGUGAUUCCGGUUGGGGUGUCGGAGUUUGAGGAGGUUAGAAAUUGCAUUGCUGCGGCCGAGCACAGCCGAUCCAGGCGGCGGAGUGGCGGCUGCCGUCACCGGCUCUGGGGAAAGUAG